AUGGAGCACUCUUCGAGUGAAGAUGACGAGUUGGUCGAGGAUUAUCUGGAUUUUGAAGAUGAUAUCAAGGCAUCAGAUGUUAAUCAUCAACAUGAAGAAGCUGCAACAUCCGUUGCCAGCAGUAACAUGGCGUUAGUCGAGCAGGCCAUUGAAAAUGAGCUUCUUGCUGCUGAUGAUGGUGAUGCGAAGAAUCAGGUGCCAUGUCUUGGAAUGGAAUUCGAGUCUGAUACAGUGGCAAGGGCAUUCUACAAUGCCUAUGCAUUGCGACUUGGCUUUGGCAUUCGAGUGGCACGGUCACGCAGUGAGAGGCGGAAGGGGGUUGAAGUGAUGGUCAUGAAGAGGUUUGUCUGCUUAAAAGAGGGCCACCACAAAAAGAAGGUUACUGAAAAUGGCACCAAGAAGAAGCGCAAGCGUCUUUCCAUCAGGGAUGGUUGCCCUGCCAUGAUGGAGGUUGUUCGGAGGGGGCCUGAGAAAUGGGUUGUCACUAAGUUGGUCUUGGAGCACACACAUAUGGUGGUCAGCCCAGAGAGGGUGCGUGAGAUCCAGCUCAGUCGCCUCUCUGGAAAAGAUAGGGAGCAUCAGGACUUCCUGAAAGAGAUGCGGAGAAGGCUAUUUGGAGAAGGAGAUGCUCAAGUCCUUCUUGAGUAUUUCAAGAGGAUGCAGGCAGAGAAUGCUGGCUUCUUUUAUGCAAUGCAGGUUGAUAACAGGAAUUGUUUGACAAAUGUGUUAUGGGCAGAUGCUAAAGCCAGAUUGUCUUAUAAUUAUUUUGGAGAUGCAGUUACUUUUGACACGACAUAUAGGCAGAAUAAAAACAUGAUACCAUUUGCUGCAUUUACCGGUCUAAAUCAUCAUGGACAGACAGUUGUUUUUGGAUGUGCCUUGAUGAUAGAUAAGACAGAAUCCUCGUUUGCUUGGUUGUUUGAGACAUGGUUGACAGCAAUGUUUGGACGCCACCCAGUGUCUAUUACUACUGAUCAAGGCAAGGCUCUGGCAUCAGCAGUUGCAAAGGUCUUUCCUGACACAUGUCACCGUUUAUGUAGAUGGCGUGUCCUAUCUAGAUGCAAGAAGAAGUUGUCUGAUGUGUACCAUAGGCACCCCACCCUUCAUGAUGAAUUAAAGACAUGCAUCAAUGAUUCUACCACGGUUGAAACCUUUGAGGUUUAUUGGAGGAAAAUUCUUGAUAAAUAUAAUCUUAGGGAGAACUCAUGGUUGCAAAUUCUAUAUAAUAUCCGCCACAGAUGGGUACCAGCAUACCUAAGAGACUCCUUUUUUGCAGAAUUGUCUACGACUUCGAGAGUAGAAAGUAUGAACAGGUUUUACAGAAGAAACUUCGUUAGAGAGAGCUCCUUGCAAAUGUUUAUUGCAAAAUUUGAUCAAGAAAUGGACAACGGUUAUGAAAAAGAAGCCCAAGAAGACUGUGCUAGUCUCAGUACCCAACCAAUUCUGAAAACUGACUCACCUAUGGAGAAACAAGCAGCCAAUAUUUACACUAGGACGGUAUUUGAGAAGUUCCAAGCAGAACUCGUCGAAGCACUGAACCACUAUGCAGUGAAAAUUCAAGAUGGAUCUAUGAUCAAGUACUCUGUUGGACGGGAUGGGGAUGCUCAUAAUCAAUAUAUUGUUUUCUUCGAUGAGCCCGAGAAGAAAGCAUAUUGUAGUUGCUGCAAGUAUGAGGUUUCAGGAAUACUUUGCAGACAUGUGCUUGGUCUCUUCUUGGCAUGUGGAACCAUUCUUCUUCCAGAACAUUGCAUUUUAAAAAGAUGGACUAAGAAGGCAAAGAGUGACUUGGUAGGACAUGAAAUUGAGCUUGAAGUUCAAAAUUAUUCACAGGAUUCACCAAUCUUGUGGUACAAUGAUCUCUUGCAUUAUACCAUGAAGUUUGCAGAGAGAGGAGCAACAUCUUCAGAGGCAUACAAGAUUGCAAAGGAUAUGCUGCAAAAAGUCUUUGCUCAAAUCAUUAGUUAUGAGGAAAAUGUGGCUGAAGGGAUGCCUCAUCACGUGGGAAAGAUCUGA